AUGGCUAAAAAGAAGACAGUCUCCAAAGCUACGGUCAAACGAACAACGACGAGCCCGUACACAAUUCCACCGAAUGCUCUUCGCUUUGGCCCAGACCGACAAACUUAUUACGUCCCCAAACCACUCUUACAGAGCCUAGGGGAACUAUCUGAGCACGACCCCUGGGACAGCGCAUCCAAUGUCCCAGACGUAGAUGCAGAUAGUGGUCAUGUCAUCGUCCAUUUCCUGUACACCGGAACCUACCAAACCCUGAUCGACGAGGGUGAGGACGUUACCACAAGCCUCUAUGCUAGCAAAGAGCUCCUCAAAGCUGCUCUGGUGUGCAUGGCUGCCAAGAAGUACAAACUCAGUGACCUAGAAGAGUUGGCAAGAACAGAAAUGAAGCAAUGCAGUACCAACGCCAGUAUCACGGAGCUUGUGCAGCUCAUCAGUGAGGACACAUUCAUAGCGCUAUGCAACGACUCUCCAUGGCUACAAGACUUUCUGACACACAAGGUUGAGGUUGCUAUCAAAAGCAGCGAUGACACGUUUUUGAUGAUGGGUUUCUUCGCAAGCAUUGCUAGCUCUAGUUUGGCCAGAUUCCUGGCACAAGAGGUGGUCAGUAUCUAUCACAAAGAAAAUCUGGAGUUGCGCAGCAAGACUGCUCUAUCUAACGGCCAUUCAUCCACGACAACUGCCUCUCCUGGUGCCAAGGAGUCGUGCGAGGCUGAAUCGAAACUGCCAGCGAUUUCAAAGAAGAAGAAGAAAAUGAAGAAGGGCAUCCCUUCAGAGCCAGCCGGGAUCAUUGCAUCAUUGCCGGAGCCAGUGGUAGGGUCAGUUCCAGAAGUAGGGUCAGAGCCUGUGAAGCAUUCAGCACCAGAGCUUGUGCCAGAAGCAGAGCCAGCAAUGGUGCCAGAACAAGAACCGGAGACAGAAGCCACGCCGACCUUUGAAACUCCUUAUGAGGAGAGCAUAGCUAUACCCGAAGUAGACUAUACAGAAGCAGUCUGCGAUCCCUUUGCGGGUUUGUCUAAGUCGCAAAAGAAGAAACUGGAGAAGAAGAUGAAGGAAGAAGCUAGACUCGCCGAAAAAGAAAAUGAAAGGGUCGCGAAAGUUGUGGAGGAAGCCGUUUAUGACUACGUUCCACCGGAAGCUCCGCUGCCGUCUGCCUCUCCUGUGCCUGAGGUUGAGCCUGUACCUGAGGCUGAGGCUGAGGCUGAACCUGAAUGUGUCGCUGAAGACCCUCCUCCUCCCGAACCUACGCCUGUGGUGGUAGAAGACCCAUCUUGGGAUAACUGGGGCUGGCUCUCUGGCUCGAGUAAGGAAAAGAAGAAGCAUGGAGCUGUAUUCUUCAACGACACUCCUGCACAACAGGAGGCGGCUACGGGGUCAGAUAUCGUAGAGGAAGUGUUGCCUGUGGACUACACUAUAAUUCCUGAUCCGACGAUCGAGGUGGCAGUGGCGCACAAUACCGACGAGUGUCCUCGGCGCGUAGAGCAUCUGUCUGGAAGAGACGGUUGGCGGGCUUGUGCGUCGUGCGAGCUAUGUAAACGGGUUAAGCACAAUCAAGUAGGGAGCACAUAA